AUGGUACGCACGACGAGAUACUUGCUCGUUUCUGCGUUUCUGAGUUAUGUAAAGGUUGGCCUUUGUACCGUGAUGCGUCAGAAUGGACGAAUCAUCGAAGUAUAUUCACCAAAGAGGGUACUAAGAUCUGGACUUGUAAGUAAUUACAUAACAUCUCCAGGCUUUCACACCAAGGAAGAUGCUGAUAACAGAACAGCAUGGAGUGGAGGGAAGGCCAUUGAUGAUUUUAUCAGCGUAUCCAAGGAAGGAAGAAAGAACGGAGAUUUCAUCAUGCACCACGAAAAUGGAACAUUAGUCGACCUCAACCUUCCUCUUGGUCGAGCCAUUGGAAAAUGA